UGUGUCACACAGUAACGUUUCGAGGCCGAUAACAGAGAUGUUUAACAAAGUUUAUCCUCUGUUGAUGGUAUUUGUGCUCUCAAGAGCCGCGCAGAGAGACAUUCUAAACUUCAAGUCAUGCCCGUGGCACCCUGACGUGAAUCCUCCCUUGGAGUCUUGCAACUUAAACAACGGUACUGUCGUGUUAUCUCACAACAAGACACAGAUACUGGAGCCAGGCACUCAGUGUGAUGUAGUUUGCCAGACUUCCGGAGAACCAGGAACUGCGACCUGUGUGGAUGGAAAAUGGGACAUAGCAUGUCAGAGAGGUGUGACAAGCACAUUUUUGCAGAAGGAAAACGCGCAGAGAGAGAAACGCUUUCUUGGAAUAUUCGUAGCGGUAGCAAUUGGAUGCAUGAUAUUUUGCCACCAUCGACCAAGAGAUAACGAAAAGCCACGUUUUAGUUCAGUAUUACCUGAUCUCUACGUAAAGGCUGACCCAAUACAGACCAGCAAACGAGGAGUCACAUGGGUGGAGCCGACAGCCCAGGAUAACCGGGAUGGAUCUGUCAGCGUUCACCGCUACGGUCCUGGUCCAGGGUACACGUUCGUAGAAGGCCCAACACCAGUAAACUACUAUGCCAAGGACAGAUCAGGAAAUGAAAACCGAAUGUCAUUCAUCGUCCACGUACAUGUGAUUCGAUGCAGCAGUGGUCCAAGCAAGGUGUUCCCCAACGGGUACUACGUGUGUCACCCCAGCGCUGACUUUGUUCAGGGUACACGGUGUAUAUACGGGUGUUACAGCGGCUAUGAGAUCCACGGGAGCAGUGUCCGGACUUGCGAACCACAAGGGGACAGCGGCAGAUGGUCGGCUCCGGAACCAACUUGUGAAAGAGUAAAAUGUACAACUUUAGAACCUGUGGGAAAUGUUAAGAUCAGUUGUUCUGAUCAGAUGUUCUUCCAAAGCAAGUGUACAUAUGAGUGUCUACCCGGAUAUGACGUCAAGCCAGGCAUGACCCGACUGAGAGUGUGCAGUGCUCAGAAAACCUGGCGCGGAACAAAUCCAGUGUGCAUUGACACAGAACCGCCCAGAUUCACAGUCUGCCCCAGCUACCAAGUGUUCUUCACUGAGCAAGGGUCAAGCCGCGGCUUCGUUGACUGGAAGGAACCAACCGCAACUGAUAACAGUGACAAGGUCACAGUGACCCCAGUAAGCAAACUGUCAAACAAUGCGUUCGAGGCAGCAGGUGUAUACUCUGUUCUGUACACGGCAACAGACGCUAAUGGCAACAAGGGACACCCGUGUAGCUUCAAGGUCGUUAUACGAGAGCUGAAGUGCCCAGCAAUACACGCUCAUCCUUACAUGCGAGUGAUCUGUCCAAGUGGUCACGGAUACGGCGCACGGUGUAACUUCGCCUGUCAGACUGGGUACAGUCUACUCGGGGGACCAGAUAACACAAGGUGCGAGAAACCAGAGAGUGGCGCAAAGUAUGUUACGUGGACAAACAGUCAACCAGUCUGCCACUUAAAUCGAACCUGUCCCCUCCUGACCCCACCCGGUAACGGUGCCCUGGCGUGUGACCUGUGGGAGGGUGGAAACUACUGCCAGAUGCAGUGUAUGAACGGGACGGAUAUCUCACCAAGAUUUCCCUACAAGAAGCUCUUUGUCUGUGGGCGAUCGGGGACGUGGAACUUUGACGGCGGCAUUCCUGACUGCGCAAAGGUCAUGCGCGCUGGGUCGACGGAAAUGAUGAUGAACAUAUAUUGCUACUUUAACGGAGAAUGUCCAAACCCAGCGACAAUGGAUGCGAUCAGACACAAUUUCGUAAAUGCUUUGAGAGCGGGCCCCUACAAAGGAAGCGUUUCAUGUGGUCCUAUAACAGUAAAGCGCAGCGUGAACGCUACCCAUGGAAUGGAAUACCGUUUAAAGACAAGCCUCGUAUCGCCGUUGGACCCAUCACGUUCGGCAGAGGGUCAAUUUGAAGGCAUCAACACAAACAUGCAGCAUCUAGUACGAGUUAUUGAAGCCGAUAUACACAGCAACUCGUCCACAUUCAUACCCGCCUCCAUUACAUCAGUUCAUGAAGCUGGGGUCAAGAGUGGUCAGCUCAGCCUAGAUUGUCCGCUGGGUACAUUCCCUACAUACAGAACAUAUAGUUGCGUGGGCUGUGUCCGAGGCAGUUACUACAAUGCUGAUACGGGUGAAUGUACCCAAUGUCCAGUAGGUCAAUAUACAGACAGUUCUGGACACACCAGUUGCACUCCUUGUCCAGCCCACACUACCUCAGUUGAAACAGGAGCAUCGUCUAGAGUCCAGUGUGAAGCCAUGUGUAAGCCAGGCAUGUUCUCUGCGACUGGCGUGGUGCCAUGCAGUCCAUGUGAUAUCGGCCAGUACCAGGACAGCUGGGGAACCAGGUCUUGUCUGAAAUGCCCAGGGGGAAAGACUACACUAACCCAAGAAGCAAAGUCAAUUGACAAAUGCCAUGAGUUUGAUGUUGAGUUUAUUCCGAGCGACAACACGACUGCUACUGCACAGACAGCUGUUGGGGGUCAACUGGACCUGCCUAAUGUCACACUGGGGCUGUGGUUGAAGAUACAAAGUGAUGAAGGCUAUGUCAUCACAGUCACAUCAGAUGGCACAGAGUUGAUGUCAGUACACAUGGAAAGCAACCGUCUCAGAACCAGGAUUCAAGGUGUUACCAUUACGUCCGCUGUCUUCCUGCAUGAUACGAUGUGGCACCAGCACAUUGUCACCGUCACACAUGGCGAUGUUGAAACGUACACGGACGGUGUAUCUGGAAAGACAACUGGGCAUACAGGCAUGCUGCCAAUCAACGGAUCUCUGGUGGUUACUGCUGGAGGGGAAGGGUUCGCCGGAAUCAUCUCACAGGUGAACAUAUGGUCCGGUAUUCACGCCUCUAUGUCUCGAAGAUGUUUCAGCGAUGAUCACGGAGACUUGUUUUCGUGGCAGACCUUUGCCAAAGCUGAUUUAGUAGACAGUUUCGUACAGAUGCCAAGCGAGUGUGAUGACACUGACGCCUGCAGCUCUGAUCCCUGUUUCCAUGGCGACUGUACGGAUCAGCUAGGAGGGUAUAGGUGCACGUGUAGCGGUGGCUUCACCGGAUCGAACUGUGACGUCAACAUCGACGAUUGUGGCGGUAAUGUGUGCGCAAACAACGGUACAUGCGUGGACGGCGUCGAGAGCUACACGUGUUUGUGUACGUCGGAAUAUACGGGCGACUACUGUGACGACGCUCUUGUGCACGGUGGAUGGGGAAGCUGGGGCAACUGGAGCAGAUGCAGUGAAGAAUGUGAUGGAGGGGUCAGAAAUCGUACACGGCGCUGUGACAAUCCACAACCUCAGAAUGGGGGCAGGGACUGUGACGGGGGCGACGACGAUUUUGGAGAUUGUAACACACAGACGUGUCCAGUCUGCUCCGAUGUUGUUCCGCCGAUGAAUGGAACUUUUGACUGCGACACGAAAGGGAGGAUGAUGUUCUGCAACGUGAGUUGCGACGAAGGCUACAGCUUCGACAUCCCCCCGCUGGACAUGUACGAGUGCGGUGAUGAAACCGGAUAUGUCUGGAACUUCAAAACUGAAGAUAACCCAUACCACAGACUACCGAACUGCAUGGAAAUCCACCCAGCAGAUGCACUAGACGUUCACUACACAGCCGAGUAUACGGAUCUGAUUUGUGAAGCCGACAAUGUGGACGAGACAAGAGACAAAGUUAAAGAGGUCGUCCAAGCAGAAAUACCCUCCAUCCCCUGUAUAAUAGAAAAACGUUGCCAGGUGACCAGUGUUGUUAUUGACAACUGUGAGGGGGGACAACGUAAGAAGCGUUCGACGUCCCCCACCGGGUUUACAGUGACGUUCGGAAACAGCCCUGCAACUGUUGGUCUGAUAGUCAGUCUGAAAGAUGUGGAGAGUGCAGUGAUACACAUGAACACCUCUAGCCUCAGCGGAGUCUUCACUGUCAACAUCGGAGGCAGCAGCUUCUACUUGAAUCAGCACUCAACCUCGAUCACAGGAGAUGUCACGUGUCCUGAUACUCUCACCAGGGUUGAUGCCUUCUGCAUUCCCUGUGGAUCCGGCACUUACCUACUGAACGGACUCUGUGAAACAUGUGACAAGGGACGAUACCAGAAUGAAGCCGGACAGACAUAUUGUAAGGCCUGUACUUCCGGGAAGACAACUCUUGGGCGUGGUGCUGUUGACAUCAACGAGUGCAGCGUUGAUGUGAAACACUCAGACUGGAACGUUCCUGUAGUUGCCAUUGCCUGUUCCGUGUCUGCAUGCUGUCUUCUCACAGCCAUCGUCAUUGCCGUUCUAUAUAAGAAAUGGUGGAAGCGCUACAGAAAAGUGCAGACUCUUCAGAAAGAACUGGAGACGAUACAUCGGCAACAACCGUAUGUCUUGCCAAGUAACACGCACUUCAGACCCAAAACCGCCCUGACCCUUCACGAUGGAGAGAUGUAAAGAAGAUACAUUGGUCCACAAGUUGUGACAUCAGUGGAUAAGGGAAUAGCAGGGUACAACGUGUGAAGACCGUUUCUGAUGAUCCAGCUGUUAUUUCCACUGAAAUAUAUCUGUGUGAGUGAGUGAGUUCAGUUUUACGCCGCACACAACUAUCAAUAUUCCAGCUAUGUGGCUGCGGUCUGUAAAUAAUCGAGUCUGGACCAGACAAUCCAGUGAUCAAC